AUGAGUUUUCGUCGGUUUAUAUCUGACAGGAGAUUACAAUUCAGCCUCUUCGACCUCAUCCUUUGCGUGCGUGUUUGCACCGCCUGUCAUAGGCUUCGGAAGGCUGGAAAGCAGUUACAUGCCAAACAGGCAUUCGAUGCAUGA